GGUGCCACACAUCCACUUUUGGUUAGGGUUAUAGUUUGCCGGUCUCAUUAUCUUAGUUGAGCUGUUGAGACUCGUGAUUCAAGUGUUUAUUUAUAUUAACUGAUACGUUUGACCGUCAGUUCGGCCGACAUACUAAAAAGGAUGCAUAUCUCCUGAUUGCUGGGUGAAUUGUCAUUCGCCGUCUAGUGCGGGGCAGUGCUACAGCAUAGAACGUGAUUUUAAAGUGGUCUCAUCACAAGCAGGUACUAAUAGUGGAGAUGGGCGGCCUCCUUCGCUCCAAGCGUUCGUCCGUUCCUACUUUAUUUCACCGUGUACAUCAGCGUCACAUUCGAUUCUAUUGCUACCUAUGUACGCAAUGUCGCAUGCAGACACGCGGAACAAGUUUCUCGCAGUCUUUGAGGGCAUCCGGGAAGAACUGAUUGCGCAUAUGAAGUCCGAGAAUAUGCCUGAAGAUGCCAUUGCGUGGUUCAAUGAGAACUUAAUCUACAAUGUCCCUGGAGGUAAACUCAAUCGUGGCAUAUCUGUCGUUGACAGCGUCACAAUUCUCCUAAACCGCCUUCCAACCGACGAUGAAUACUUCAAAGCCGCCCUCCUCGGGUGGUGUAUCGAACUUCUUCAAGCAUUCUUCCUCGUUUCCGAUGACAUCAUGGACCGUUCCAUUUCGCGCCGUGGCCAGCCGUGCUGGUACCGCGUCUCUGAUGUCAAGGGGCUUGGAAAGGUACACAAUAUUGCUGUCAACGACUCAUGCAUGCUCGAGGGCGCUAUCUACCACAUCCUCAAGAACCACUUCAGACGUGAGAGCUAUUACGUUGAUUUAUUGGAGUUGUUCCAGGAGGUAACUUACAAGACCGAGAUGGGUCAGCUCGUUGACCAAAUCACUGCCCCUGAGGACAACAUCAACAUAGACAAAUAUACCCUCCCAAAACAUACCUUCGUUGUGCGGUACAAAACAGCCUACUACUCUUUCUACCUCAGUGUCGCGCUUGCCAUGCGCAUGUGUGGUGUCCAAGAUGCAUACGAGCUCGACGGAAAGACUGUCGAGCCAUACAAAGAAGCCGACCGGAUUCUCAUUCCAAUGGGCGAGUUCUUCCAGGUUCAAGACGACUACCUCGACUACCACGGCACUGAGGCGCAGAUCGGGAAGAUUGGUACGGACAUCAUUGACGGCAAGUGCUCCUGGUGCGUAUGCACGGCACUCACGCACGGCACCGACACGCAAAAACAAAUCCUGUUUGAGAACUACGGCAAGAAGGGUCCCGAACAGACUAUGAGGGAGCAAGCUGUGAAAGAUAUGUACAAUGACGAGGAGGGGUUGAACAUUCCCAAGCGCUAUGAAGAGUAUUCGAAGAAUGCAGUGGCGGAGAUUAAUGCGAUGAUCGAGCUGCUACCAGAGCCUGGUGCGCAGGACGAGUUGAGGGGUGAUAGGUUGAGGCGGGACGUGUUCCGGGCUUUCCUAAGCAAGAUUACUGAUCGUACGGCGUAAGACUAGAUGAUUCUCAGAGGUGUAAGAAGAAAGUCCAUUUUUAAUCAAUUGCCAGAUAAACAAGAAGUGGGUGUUCUCCAACGACAUCACUUUGACAGUUUGACUACUAGUUCAAGUUUCUUAUGCACUAAUCUUCGACUUUGCGGCUGAAAUGAUAUGGCCUAUUACUAUAACCCGAAUAUGAUAUCGAUUCAUCAUCAGUCCUAUCAGUAUGGAGC